AGUCAAAGAGCGGGCGGUUGGGCGGUUUUUAUUUUAUGAUUAACGUUUAACGGCAGCGGCGGUUAACUAUUACACAGUGAGUCAACGCAGCCGUUAGCCGUUAGUGUUCAAACUCACCGGCUGUCAACAACAAAAAAAAAAAAAAAUGUUGAUGUCACGGCGGUUACACAGUGCGGGAAAUUAACGUUAAACUCAACCGCCCCCUUUUUCUUUUUUUUUUUUUUUGCUCAACGGAUUUUACAACGGCUGCUUUUUUUUUUUUUUUUUUUCUCUCUCGGCUGCUUUUUUACCCACAGUCAUGUGAUUGUAACGUAAAACCCCUAACCGGAAAACAGCGACGGACGACCCUCUCCGCCGCCAACGAAUGCUGCGUUUCAGCGAGGAACAGUACAAGCUGCUGCGAGCCCAGAGCGAGAGGACGGACGAGUCCCCCGGUAACAGACAAACACAACGGCGACAACUCCGCGGAUUUAACGCAGAGUGCAGGUUGAAGAAUGGAGUUGGCCAACCAUGGUCUUAUCCUGCUGCAGCAGCUUAACGCUCAGAGGGAGUUUGGCUUCCUGUGCGACUGCACUGUGGCCAUAGGAGAUGUCUUCUUCAAAGCCCACAAAGCUGUCCUCGCUGCCUUCUCCAACUACUUCAGAAUGCUCUUCAUCCACCAGGACAGUGACUGCGUGCGCCUGAAGGCUGCUGACAUACAGCCAGAUAUCUUCAGCUACCUCCUCAACCUGAUGUACACAGGCAAGCUGGCACCCCAGUUGAUAGACCCUGCACGUCUGGAGCAGGGGGUCAGAUUCCUGCAUGCCUAUCCACUCUUGCAGGAGGCGAGCCAGUCUGUGUAUUCACACCCUGAGCACAGCAUCAAUCUUUCCACCUCCCUCUACGGCAUCCAGAUCUCUGACCAACAGGUAGCGUUGGCAGCUAGGUUGCCCUCUCGACGGCAGAUCUCCUCACCGUUUGACAUGGAGCAUCUGAGCUCAGAGGGGAAGUAUCCGUCCACGGCAGCUGCCACAGUUUCAUAUGCAGAUUCAUUACCGUCCAAGCUAGCUUCCUCGCCCCUUGGUGUAGAGGCUUCAACCAGCGGCACCAAGCCUACAGUUGAGGAGGGGGGGAUGGACUUGCUAACUGCAGAUGGCUCCUCAGCCAACGCCAUCCUCCACGUGAAGCCCAGCAUCAUGAAGAGGAAUUCCUCCUUUAGGAAGCAUUACUCCUGUCAUCUGUGCAGGACCCGAUUCACCCAGAGAAGCCUGCUGAGAGAGCAUCUCCUCCAACACACUCAGGCUCUGCAGCAGAUACAAGCUGAAUCCAGCAAUGCACUCUCACCUGUCAUGACUGCAGAGCAUAGCAUGCUAGAGUUAGAGGGGGUCCUUAAGGGAAGCAAGGCGGGGUCAGGAGCCUCAGCUUGCACUACAGCAGUAGAGAUAAUCAGCGACAGCGAGCAAACGCCUGUUUCAGGUACCAACUCGGACUCUCCCCGAGCAGAGGUGCCCACCUCCAGCUGGGGGGUGGGAGGAUUAAAUUCUCAGGCAGACACUCCUCCUCCGUCAGACAUUGCGGACAUUGACAACCUGGAGAGCGCCGACUUGGACAGGGAAGUGAAGCGGCGGAAGUACGAGUGCUCCACCUGUGGGCGCAAGUUUAUUCAAAAGAGCCACUGGCGUGAACACAUGUACAUCCACACGGGCAAGCCCUUCAAAUGCAGCGCUUGUGGCAAGAGCUUCUGCCGGGCCAACCAGGCAGCCCGCCACGUGUGCCUGAAUCAGGGGGCCGACACCUACACCAUGGUGGACCGACAGAGCAUGGAGCUGUGCGCCGCAGGCGACGACAGCAGCCAGAUGGAGGCGAUGUUCUUGGGGUCGUCAAAGCCUUACAAGUGUAACAUUUGUGCGACGACCUUCGGCAGUCCCAAUGAGGUGAUCAAACACUUGUGCUUCACCCAAGGGGGAUUAGUGGGGCUGCAGGGAAACACGGGCGCAGGGAUGCUGCUCCAACGUGAAGAGUUUUCCAAAGAUGAAGGCUCUGAUUUGUCCAACUCUGGCACCCCAUUGGAACCCAUAAAGACUGAGGAAAUCCUCGUAGAGUAGUGCCAAAACUGUGUAUUUGUCAUUUUUAACAUGUAUGUGUAUUUUCUAAAUUAUGGUUAAUAGGUAAGCUAAAGCUGAAGUUAGUCAGGGUAUGUAUGUUGGAGGCUCUCAAUCUACUAAAACAUUUUUUUGGAGGAGGGGUUGGGGGGUUUUCUUUGGUACAAUUUAUUUUGUUUUGGCCCUGAAUAUGACAAAAAAGUAUAUUAAAUAGUAAAGUAAAUAGCCUGUAGCUCUCUGGAGUUAAGUCCAACGUCAUUAGAAAAGCAAAUAACAUAAACAUUUGAUCCAAGGUUAAGUUGAAUGAUGGAGAUUCUAAUUUGUGUACAUCGGUAUUAGACUCUAACACGUCAGGCUGUAGCGCAUUGAGCUACCGUUGUGGUAAGGCUGCACGGAGCGGACUUUGAAUUUAAAAGGAAGAGGAAGCAGAGACAGUUCCGGAGAAGACAGCUGCUUGUGAGAUGAGUUGCUAGAUUUGAGGAGGAAAAAGAGGUGCCAGCUACUAACAAUCCCUCUGGAGCUGCACAGAGCCUUUUCUUCUUGGUCAUAAAUGAGAUGCUGAUUCUGCACAUCAGGAAUAGAUUAUAAUUCCAGCAAAAAGCACACAAUAUAUUCAGACCUGAGACAAUCUGUGCUCUUGUUUUUUUGAAUAAAUGCCUAAUAUGCAGGAAAGUACAUUUGUCUUCCAUUCAUGUUUUGGUUGGCGUUUUGGCUCAGCUGCCGUUUUUAGUUGUUUUACUCUGUGUUUUUUUUUUUUUUUGACUGAUCAUGGUUCAUAUGUCAUUACACCAUAUUAAAGCACAGUUGCUCUUCAUAUUAAGAAUUUGACCACUGAAAGUUGGUCACAACAAGCAAGAGUUGUCAUUGUGUUUACAGUUGAGCCACUUUGAUUCUUUACUCAUUCUCACUUGUGUUGUAUUACUCUUUGACAUAGCAACUUGUUCCAGUCAGACACUCAUACAUUGAUGGGAGGCUGUCCUGUACAAUAUUGUACAUCUUGUCUUCAUAUAAUUUGCAAAUUGCCCUUCUGUUUUGUUUGACAUGCUUUUCUAAUUUCAUAUACAAUGAUAUAUUUACAAAGAUUAUUUUAUAUUGCAAAAGUUACGUGUGUAUAUUAAUUGACAAAUAGCCUUCAAAAUAGGAUUACAUUUGGUAUUGCUGAAGUUUAUAUAUUAGGGAUGGGCAUGAUACAUUUAUCUUUAAUUUCUCCAAGAAAUAGGUUAAAAGGGGUUAUAAUAAAAAGAUUGUUUGGGAGUCUCUUCCCAUCGCCAAAUUUGUACUAAUUGCUAUCUCUUAUUCAUUUUGUGCAAAGGGAAACAUUUUCUCUGUAUCAUUUAAAACUGUCUGACAUGAAUAUUUGUUCUUUAUUUUUGUCCAAAUCAGAAAAGGAAGAAGUAGUCAUUUAUAGAACAAAAUACGCAGGUAAACCUGGUGUGAUGCAGAUGGAGUAGAGUUUGCAUGCUCCACCUGUCAGUAUGGAGGUCAUGUGAACUCAGGCAUGGAUGACAGUGUGACACAGGGAUAUAUAUAUAUAUAUAUACAUAUAUAUACAUAAACCUAUCUGUCUGGAUACAUAUGUGUUAAUGGGAAUAUAAGAUAAUGCUAUUUAUUAUAACUUACAACAACCUCGAUUGUUUGAGAUACCAGAAAGACGUUUUAUGUACUACUGAUGACUGGAAAUUGUGAAGAAUUCUUUACAUACAUGUUCAAUUAAUGUGUAGGAGUUAUAUAAUUUGUCAUACUGAAACAUGUGAAGUGUUACAGUAGCACAGGUAGCAUAAUACAAGUUGUUCAGGAACAAAAUCUUCCAAUUGUCCAAUUGCCUUUACAGGCCCAGAUGUUCAAACUAGUCAACUAUACAUAACAUGGAGAUUAGUUUUUUUUUUUUUUUUAAUCCUUACAUAUUUGAAUAUUAAGAUGAAGUUAUUUUAGGAAGGCUUGUAAAACUGUCUUAAUAUUGUUAUUGUUCCUUCUAGUGGGAAAUAAAUUCUACUUUAUAUUGUUAUUGCUACAGCAUUGCUUCUUUUCUGCAAAAACCUAUAAAUUGUUUGGUGAAACAAUGUGAUCCCUCCAACGUUAUCCAGCCUCAUAUGUUUGCAAAUACCAAAAAUAAUUUCUCUCAUUUAACUUUUUUUUUUUUUUUUAACAUAUUUUCAUAUAUAUAUUUCAAAGCAGAUUUCUUAAUUAGGACACACAAAAGCUGAUUAAUGUGUGAUAUAGAAAAUGAUUUUAAAUCUAGUCUUUUGUUGGAUUUAUGGACUUUGUUUUCUCCAUCUUUUAAUUAUUUUUAUAAUUAUGAGAGAAUAUGAAAGAAAUGCCCAUCCCUAGUAUGUUUAAUAUGUGUAGUCGUUUUGUUUUCUUUUGAGCCAAUUUCACUCAGCCGGUAUGUCGGUAGGUUGGUUAGUGACAGCGAGAAUGAGACCCAGGUCCGAUUUGGUUUAAGUGGGAUUUUUAUUCAUUAUAUCCGAUUAUAUCAAGUAUUGAAGAAGCAGUUGCUGCUUUUGACGCAAUGAGCCCAGUGUUUGGCUAGAUGGAGCUGUUUGUCUUAUUUGUCUACUCAGGUCUAGUGAAGGGGGGGAAGGCUGUCAAAUUUGAAGUAAUAUCCUUACUAGUGUUUUUGUGGUGUGCUUGGCAAUGAUAUGGCCGUCUUUGCCAGGAAUCAAUAUUCCAUCACAGUUUGGUUCACAUAACAAAACAAAACAAAAAACCCACAAAUAUCUGUGAAUUUAACUUUACGAGUGUUUUAGUAUCGACUAACAAGGAAGGGAUUCUUGUGUGUCUUGAUUCAAGCUUGUUUUAUUGAGGGAGCUGAAAUGCUGUACUACUGACAUUCAUUUCUAAGAGCUCAGUUGAUACACAGAAAUAUGCACACAUUUCUGAAAAGUCUAAAUCCUUCCUCAUUUAUGUUUAUCAAGUUGUAAUUGUUCUUCUGCCACACCAGUCUUGUAACUCAAUGGUUGUGCAUGUUACGUGUUUAAAACAUCUCAGUAUCUCAGGAAGAUGAGAAGUUGUCACAUUGUCUUUUCUGUCCACUGUUUAUCAAAAGAAUAAUUAUUUCAUUUCCAUCUCAUGAUCCUUACUCCCCAAUGCCCCUCUGACAUCUACUGUGAUCAGUCUGUGUUCUCAGGAAUGUGAGUAAUUUUCUGUAUAAACAAAUUUUUUUCAGUGAAGAACAAUAAAAAUAUGUCUUUUUAUAA